AUGAGGGCUGCCAUCCUACCGCUGGGGCUGCUGCUUUCCAUAUGUGAAGUUCAGCCCCACAGCAUCCAGACUGGCAUACAGACAGAGGGCCAGAGCACUGGGGCUGCUGCUGUUGAGGUCUCUAAGCAAGUUGACAUCUAUGCUGAACUGAAGAAACUCAAAGACAUUGUGGAGGACUUAAAUGUGACACUAAGACAAACCCAAGAAGAUGUAAAAGUACUGGAAGCUGACAAUACAGUCAUGAAGACCAAACUGGCUGUUAGUGAAGUUGAAGUGACAAAUCUGAAGAAAGAAAACGGGGAACUCAAGACCAGACUAGAGACUGAAAUAACACACCUGAAGAUGGCAAAUACAGCUACUGUGACUGAGAUAGAGGAGCAGGAGCAAGAGCUCACAGCGGUGAAGACCAAACUGGAAGGUAUUGAGACUGAGGUGGACCAUCUGCAGAAAGAGAUCAAAUUAGCACCCAAGGUGGCAUUCUCAGCAGGCCUAACAGAUUCAGGAGAGAUACAAGCUGGUAAUACUGAUUUGAACCUGGUCUUCACUAAAAUCAUCACCGAUGUUGGCCAUGCAUACAGCAGCACAACAGGCUUUUUCACAGCUCCAGUCAGGGGGGUCUACUACUUCAGAUUCACAGUUAUGGAUAGACUACACUCACGUUGGAUGAUUACCUAUAUGUGCAAGAACGAGCAGAAGAAAAUGGGUCUGAGUGAUUAUGACACUGACGGACAGCACUCCUAUCUCUCCAGUGGUCUGACUCUGGAGCUGGAGGUGGGAGAUGUAGUUAACAUGAUAAUCCCAGCAGGUCACAUUCUGUUUGAUAGUGCUAACAAUCACAGCACUUUCAGUGGCUUCUUGCUCUUCCCUCUCUGA